GGACGAUGGUGACAAUACUUCAGUGAUUAUCGCCUACCCAACCACAACAACAAGGCCUGCUGCAGACUAUUUAAGAAUCCGCAUCACGCAGCUUUAGCUUAGUCAGGGACAGCUGGCAUUAGCCAAGCCCGUGCUGGGGGCCUGAGUGCGUUGUUUUCAUUUUGGACUUUUGGAAGACGGUUAAAGCGCUUAUGUCGAAUGAGGCACCAUGGGACAGCCUUUUCCUACUGGCAGCGGUAUAAAAGUAGCGGGCCUGCGCCGUGGAUUAGAUCUGUGCGAACGCUACUCUCAGCCGCGACACUGAGCCAGGCGGUGCAGAUGUGCUUGAGAUCGUCGCUUGAGACGCUUUGCACAUGCGCGAUUCUCUCCACUGCAGUGUUCUGUAUCUCGCUCACAAACACUGGCAUGGUCCACAUCCUCAUAUCUGGGAUUCGCAACAGAGGUCAUGCUAAGAGACGCGUUCAUGUCACGGUGGUCGGACGGCUAUCAUUUAUAGCAUACUUGAUAAGUGAACUUGACAGACCGAUUGUGAUGACUUAAUAGCGCGCUGUCUGCAGAAGUCGUCUCGAUUUUACUGCGCUGUGUGUCUCCUCGCUGCUACUACAGGAAGGGAAGCUGCAAGCUUGUCAACAACAAGCAUGACUUCGAUGUCUAGUCAACGGCAAACGGUCGCUGCGACUAUCCCCGUUACGAGCGACCGUGCAGACACGGGGUAUUCAAUAACAGACAACCUUCGGCGCUUGCUGAGUCACAUACAGUAUGAAAACCUUGCAGCGGGGCUUUGUGGAGGCGUCAUAUCAACAAUGGUGCUGCACCCGUUAGAUCUGGUGAAGAUCAGGUUUGCAGUGAGUGACGGAGUGCAGAUCCGUCCCCAGUACGAGGGGGUGGUCCACUGCAUGCGCUCCAUCUGGCAGGUGGAGGGCCUGCGGGGCCUCUACCAGGGGGUCACCCCCAACAUCUGGGGCGCCGGCGCUUCCUGGGGACUCUACUUCCUCUUCUAUAACGCCAUCAAGGCGUACACACAGGAAGGCCGGCAAGCAGAGCUGAGUGCAGCAGAGCACCUGGUUUCAGCUGCAGAGGCUGGCGUGCUGACCCUCUGCCUGACCAAUCCUGUGUGGGUGACCAAGACCAGACUGGUGCUGCAGUACAGCACUGACCCGGACAGGAAGCAGUACAAGGGGAUGCUGGACGCCCUCGUGAAGAUAUACCAACAUGAGGGCCUCCCGGGACUCUACAGGGGCUUUCUCCCUGGACUGGUGGGGACUUCCCAUGCUGCUUUGCAGUUCAUGACCUACGAGGGCCUGAAGAGAGACUACAACAAGUACAAGAACAUGCCCUCCGAAGCCCUGCUGACUCCAUGGGAGUACAUCGCCAUGGCAGCCAUCUCUAAGUUCUUUGCCGUGGCAACCACGUACCCUUACCAGGUGGUGCGCGCGAGGCUGCAAGACCAACACAAUACCUACAACGGCCUGAACGAUUGUAUCUGUAGGACCUGGAGUAAUGAAGGAGCGGCAGGGUUCUAUAAAGGCAUGGUUCCCAACCUGGUCAGGGUUAUCCCUGCCUGCUGCAUCACCUUCUUGGUCUACGAGAAUGUCUCCAGGCUGCUGCUAGGACAGUAUAAGUGACACACUCGUGCUCACAGGUGGAUCCACACACACAUAUACACAGGUGGAUCCACACGCAGACAUCCGCACGGACACACACACACGCGCACACACACUAUAACCAACCUUAAAGACCUGGACCAAUGACCUUGGCUGUCAGCCCUGCACUCUGAAUACUGCCAAGUUUAGUUUCUCUCCACCAGAGAGCACCACAAUCCAGUGAGCCAUGGCUGAGACUGUGUGUGUGUGUGUGUGUGUGUCUGUGUGUGUGUGUGUGAGAGAUGGCUCUUUUCCUCUGGUGCCGAUGGCGACAGUGGAGGUCUCAGACACACAGGAGCCCAGACAGCUGAUGCUACAGCUUAAUGAUACACGCUCUCUCACACACGCUCACACACACACACACACACAUACUCAAACACACACGCUAACUGACAUACACGCUCACUCACACACACCCACACAUCUUAUAUACUCACUCACACACACACACACAUCUUAUACACACACACUCCCAUAUCCACAGACGUACACAGUGGGGUUUAAACAGAAAUGAACCACUGCAGUAUGAGAGUGCAGCAGGUCAAAGUCCUAAACUAUAUAAACUAUAACACUUACAGUAGCAGUUUCCCACUGUGGGAGAGCGUGUUACAAUAUGAAACACACGCACGGGUACAUACACAGAUACAUACACAUGCAUUAUGCAGGUGUACACACAACCAUACAUUUUGCCGGCAAAUGUCUUGUGUAAACAUGACCAUUAGGUAGUGCUAGUGUACAGUGUGACUGGGCCUUGCCUUGUGGUCGAGGUGUUUCCGGUCUGCUGGGCACCUAACUGCCUGGGAACAAGGGAGUAGUGUCCCUGUUUACCUCUCUCUCUCUCUCUCUCUCUCUCUCUCUCUCUCUCUCUCUCUCUCCCCUUUCCAUCUCUCUCUCUCUCCCCUUUCCAUCUUUCCCCCUCUCCAUCUCUUUCCCGGCCCUCUCCAUCUCUCUCCCGCUCUCCAUCUCUCUCCCCCUUUCCAUCUCUCUUUCUCCCCUUCUCCAUCUCUCUCUCUCCCCCUCUCCAUCUCUCCCUUUUCCAUCUCUCUCUCGGCCCCUUUCCAUCUCUGCCCCUUUCCAUCUCUCUUCUCAUCUCCCCUUCCAUCUCUCCCUCCCUCUCCCUUUCUCUCUCUGGUCACGACACCUUUGGUUUUUUUCCAUGGCAGUGCCGCAGACAGAGUUGGAACGAUGUAAAGUUGAGGGUUGUUGUUGUUGUUGGAGGAGGGGACCGGAGAGAGACUAAAGAAUGACCAGGAAAAGCGAGGAACCAAAACUGACUGACUCAUGAAAGAGAGGAUCUGAAAUGAUGAUGUUUCUUGGACUUUCAAAGAAAGCAGCCGGAUACAACCGAUGGACUGAAAACGCAACGCCGGGAUUGGGCGGCGAAUCUGUGCAUUCUUGUUCCAGGGACAUGAUGAGGACAAUGAUGUUGUUGGGACGUUACCUGGUCUAUAAUCACCCGUCUGUGUUAACUUGUGUGUUAUGUUGGUCUGUUUAUGUUUCGGCUCGGUUCCGACCCUCGGGUGAUGUCUGGGAGGUCCGAACGAGCCCCUGCUACGCCCUCUGGGUUCUGGGCAACAUUUCAGGGAGAUGUGUGUAUAUGGGUGUUUGUAGUUUUACAGACCACCCUCUACCCUCUGCACACAACAGAGGGUGCUGGAGGAGGCCAGACGAUGACUCAGCUAUUUUACAAGAAAACUCAGACUUCGACAUUCUUUUCCCUCUGUCACUGCAAUGAAACAAAGGAUUUCCAGUAACCCGAAAACCAAAAGAGCAGGCUUGUACAUCUGGAGAAGUGCUUUGCUGGACUGUGAGCUCCCUAAAUGUCCAUCAUGCUGAAUUGAUCGAUUGAUUAGUUGAUUGAGUGGAUUAAAGAUUACCCUGUAUUUUGUUUAUUACGAAUAUUUUAGUAUAAAAUAAAGUGACUUGUGUUGACUUCA